AGAAAAAUGAGCUGAAAAAUUGCUAUAAAAUAGCGAAUUGCUUAUCACCUUCCACACUUUAGGCUGGUAAACUCAGUUAAAAUGAGCAAGAGAGUAGCCAGAAUUACAUUGUUUUUUUUAUUCGCAGCCAUCACAGCGGCCGUUGAAGUUCGACGUGAUGAAAAAUGGCCACCAAAGAUGUUACUUGACUGGGUCCGUCCAGCAGCCACCGAAUGCCGAGAAAGAACUGGAGUAACCGAAGAGGCCAUUAAGGAGUUCAGCGAUGGAGAAAUUCAUGAGGACGCAUCGCUUAAAUGCUACAUGUACUGUGUGUUCGAAUUACUGGAGCUGAUGAACGAUAAAGGCCAAUUGUUUGUAAUGAGACUCGCUGACCAUAUUGAAUCCAAUUACGAUGACGAAAUUCAGACCAUUGCCCUUAAUAUGGGGCGCAAAUGCUUACGCCCAGAAGGCGAUAAUAAUUGUGAACGCGCUUUUUGGUAUCAUAAAUGUUGGAAAUCCAAAGAUCCCGUUCAUUAUUUCCUGUUUUAGAUUCAAUUGAGAGGGAUUUCCUAUUUAAUUAUUAAUUAAUCAACACAUUUUAUUCAAAAUAUGACAUGUAUUAGAUUCUAAUUCUUAAAAAAA